CACUAUAGUUUCAUCCUAGUAGUGGAUCACUUUCUUGGUGCGCCAAGGAUCGAUAUUAAAACCAUAAUGAAACUGAGUUGAAUAAUAACCGAGCGUGUUGUGGUGUAACAUUGAUACACUCGGGAAUAAGGAAGACAUAACUUGAUCAUGUGAGAAAUAUUGGAAUACUUUUCCCUUUGUCAGAGAGGUGGAGUGUAUGUGUACGUCACCAGCAGACUCACCAGCUGUAACCGUGGUAGCUGAUGGAGCCAAGAUGGAGGAACUCCUAGAGUCGCUGGAGAGAACCCUGCAGAGGCCUCUAUUGGCUAAAUCGCGGACCCUUCCCAGCAUCCCCCAGUCCCCUGCUGCCGCCAGGGUCCACCGCUCCAACCUGAUUGGUGGAAGCCCCCCAGGCAGGACAAUCCUGCCCUCCAUCUCCCAUCAACCUAAAGCCUGCACACUGCCCCCUGCAGGCGAGCUUUGGAGGCUGGAGGACGACGGGGAGGUGGCAUCCAUGAUGGAGGGGGCGGGGCCAGGUCGUGGGGGCGGAGCCUGCCCGGAGCCCCGCCCCCGCUCCCAGUCGCCCUUCUCCCAGCUGCGGGCGCGGGCGGCCUACCUGAGGAAGAGCCUGUCGGUGGACGACCACCUGGGCGUGGCCUCGGAGCCCGGCACUCACAGGCAGCCUCGCGCCGCCAAGGGCAAGCUGAAGAGGAAGUUUGACCAUCUGACGUACGCGGUCGUCAUGGGAACAAACCGGGAGCUGAUGAACUGCUUUGGGGUAAGUUCUUGUACCGGUGAUGUUCUGUGGAAACGCACAGGUGAACUAAGCUAAGAUGCUCGUCUCCAAACGGGCUUACCGGGUUGAUUAAGGAGCAGGUAGGGGCUAGACAUUGAAUCCAGAGACAGGUCAUUAAGGAGCAGAUAUGGGUUAGAUAGAUAAUACAGAGAAAGUUCAUUAAAGAGCAGGUAGGGGCAAGAAAGUUAAUACAGACACAGGUUAUUAAGGAGCAGGUAGGGGUUAGACUCCAAUAAGAAGACAGAUCUAGACGCUUUCAGCCUCUUUUUAUUUCGAUGCUCGAACCAACUGAUGACACCAGCGAGUGACAUGGAGCUAACAGAACCUUCUGGACAUUGAGCUAACAGAAGCUUCUGGACAUGGAGCUAACAGAAGCGUACUCCACGGGACAUCGGCCAGCUGUUUCAGGCAUUCCAGGAGAGCUGUUUUGUGUUGGAUUGAAGAUUCCCUCUCGGUGUGGACUUUGAUCUUAGUAGCUUAGCAGAUUUAAUACGUGGAUAUAAAAGCUAUGUAAUAUAUUGGGCCCCAUUUUAACGGUCUGAAACGCAAGUGAGAAGCGCAAAACGGAAGUAGCUUUGUGGGCGGGUCUCUGCCCCUGUUGCGGAUAAAUGGCUCUUGCGAACGACGCAAUUCUAAAAAGGGUUGCCCUGAAGUAGCCUAAUUACCCGUAGGUGUGGUUUGGGCAUAAAAUCCAAUAAACCAAUGAGAGUGCCAUCUCCCAUCCCCUUUAAGAGCCAUGAGCGCAUUUGAACCUGAUGAGUUGAUCAUUUGACAGCGCGUUUGCAUCUGUCUCCGAUGAGACGGAUGCAUCGUUUCUUCACACAUCGUUUCUUACCAGUAUUGUAUACAUUAUCGUUAUCGACCUGUUUUCCUAAUAUGCAUGUUUUCCCCUGUUAAUGUACAUUGCCAUGGACUCAUUCAUGCAGCCCCUAUGGAAAAAAAUAAAUUUGCACAAUCCUCAUCAUCAUCAUAAUAUUUCAAUUAGGCAAAUCGUUUGCAUGUAUGUAAUGUGUAUAGCCUACUGGUGUGUAAGCCUAUGUUGCAGUUUGCUGCCAAAAUAGCAACACCAACUGCGCUAUCCACUAGUGCUCUUAGACCAGGGAUUUGUCGGUCAGUUGCGCAACUGCUUUAUCGAUCCGUAAGAUAGCACCAUGUAUCAUUUGCGCCGGAACACGCCUGUGCUUUUC